AUGCGCUCUAAAAGAUCAUCCCAUGCGGUCAGCAACAGUUCUGGAGAUAGCAAUAACAACAAAGUUGUCAAAAACAAACAAGAGUACAGAGACAAACAGGGUCGAGCUGCUUAUGGUCAUGAGGUUGCAGGCUCGCUAGCUUUUAAAGACAACGCAGACUUUGACGACGAUAACAACGAUAGCAACAGUGACGACGAUGACGACUACAGCACGUCCAGUAACAAUUCCAUCGAUGCCUCUAAGCAAGCCUGCAAAGAUGUAGAGGAUAAUGUCAGUAUCCUUGGGGAAUUGGAGUUCACAGGUGCCACCGUCAAUAUGGAUGCCGCGAAGAUUCCAGAUGGCAGCCGCCUGAUCGAUAAGUAUUCGACCCUGGAUGAGUCUACUAGAGAAACGGCACGUCAGAUUCAUGAUAUCCUGGAGCGCCGCCCAAUAGUAACAAUCAGGGUAAUCAAAAGCCAACUCCAGCUGCGCCGUGAAAGCGACCUUGGAGAAGCUCUGCCGGUCUGCGGGUACAUGUUCACUAAUGGUCCAUGGAAGAAGGCAUUGAUCAAGUUCGGCGUUGACCCAAGGCUCAGGCCUGAUUUUCGCUUUUACCAAACAAUAUCCUUUCGCAUGGAGUUCGACCCUGUUGUGGAGCCCGGCAAGCAUGACUGGGCCACAAAAGGCAUUCUCGCUUUCCCCAAACUCCUCCAGGGGGGUGACAAUAUUUCCUACGUUUUCAAUGGGAAGAAGUUUGUGGCCGACGGUGAUACUUGGCAGGUCUGUGACAUAACCGAUACGCUUCUUCAACGCAUACUAUCAACGGAACAACUUCGCACAAGAGUCUCGCCUCAGGACGGGUUUUUCUGCAAUGGAACCAUGGCUAAGUUGGAAAUCAUCAUGCAGGAUAAGAUCGUCUGUAUCAGAGAUGGCAUCGGCUGUGACGAUGAUGAAUACAAAUGUCUCUUGGCUUUCCCUGAUGAAUAUGAACCUUUACGUCAACGGGAUCAUAUCAGUUACGGGUUGGAUUUUGGGCAGAGAUAUACUAGAAAACAAGCGUUUCUAAGAGGCAGACUAGUAAACAGAGCGAGAAGAUCAUAUGAGUAA